UUUCGAGCCGACUGCUUUCCGAAAGGACGACCUGCGUCGUUCACGUCUUCGAUCAGAUGCUGUGCCGACGCUUCUGCUUCCCGUCGCCGAUGAGACCGACGAUCCUCCCCCAAAGCGCCAAAAAGUCGUGACUCAGGCCUCGGCAACUGGACUGCCUGCACCCUGUGAGGCAGAAAUGACCCUCAGGGACUGUACUGCUGAGACAAACAUCCCUGCAGUGGUGCCACCUGUCCCUGUCGCAGACGUGCCUGCACAGUCGCAUCCACCUGAGUCUGCCUUCUCCACUUGUAGCAGUGGGGUGCCAUAUGAAUGCACAUCUCCUGUUCCCAGCAACAUGCCAGACUCUGACGCAACCUACUCUCCGUCUCACAGCGAGGAUUACGAGAGAAUCGAGCAUGGUGCAUCAGCUCCACCACCACCGCCAGAAGAAGAGCGCCAGUUUCUGGUGUUCGAGAGCUGCCUAAGGGAGCUUUUCAAGACGUGCCAAGAGUGCUCAAGACUGUGCCAAACAACGAUCGAAACUACCGGCACACUGAUCACAGUCUACAGCAUCUGCCCUGUGGAGCACGUGCGCACAUGGAAAAGCCAGCCCAUCGUCAACGGCAGACCAGCAGGGAACAUACUGCUGACCAGCCACCUGGUCUUCUCUGGAGUGAAGAUUGCCCCUACGCUGCGGAUGCUACGCCACAUGAACGUGCAGGUCAUCUCCGACUCGAGCUUCUACGAGCAUCGGAAGGCCUUCGCUCUACCUGCAAUCCACAAGGUCUGGCUGCAAGAGCAACAGGAACUUCUCAACGAGUUGCAGAACAAAGAGGUGGACAUCUCUGCUGACGGUAGAUUUGACUCCCCUGGGUUCUGUGCCAAGUACCUGACGUACACAGUCCAUGUCGAGCAAAUCAACAAGAUUCUACACUCUGUCCAGGUCCAGCUAAAAGAGUCUGAACAGGCCAUGGCCAGUGUCAACAUGGAGAAGGAGGGUCCUCAAGCAGCUGCAGUUCUUCAAGGAGAAAGGUAUCAAGAUCCGAUCGUUGGUGACUGA